GCUAAAGGGGGCGUAUGAAAUCCGCGUGGCGGAAGUGGUCCGUCCCUGCCUGACUCCGACUUGCGGCAGCCGAGAAGAUGAAGCUCUUGACCCACAACAUGCUCUCUUCCCACGUAAAAGGGGUCCCGCCCGGCGGAGGGUUCCCCCUCCGCAUCCAGGCCACAGAAGUGAAAGUGAGCAAUGUAGAUUUCAAUCCAGAGUUCACUGCGCGGAUGGUGCCCAAAGUGGAAUGGGGAGCCCUGGUGGAAGCAGCAGAGAGUUUGGGUCAUCGGUCAGACCUGCCUGCGGAGCCCAUCCCUGACUAUGAGAGCAAUGAAGAUUUUCUUCGGAAAGUACAUCAUGUGUUGAUGGAGGUGGAGGUGAUGGAAGGUGUACUGAAAUGUCCAGACACUGGGCGUGAGUUUCCCAUCACAAAGGGAAUCCCUAACAUGUUGCUGAGUGAAGAGGAGACAUGAACAAUUUUGUGUUCAAGAAGCCGGGAGAAGGAAGUCUUUGGGGACCUGUUUGUUGGGAAGGGUAAACCCCUUCAUUUUUCUUUAAGGGAGAGAUGUUUUAAACAAACCGCAGGUAGUGUUUUGUUUCUUUGUAUGUGUGUAAAUAAAUGUUAAGUUCUUAGGGUA